UUGGUUUUCAUAGCUCAUAUACUUCAUAUGUUAAAGGUGUUGGAAACGAAGAGGGUGUUGUAGGUUUACUUAUCAGUAACGAAUGACAAAAUAGGAAAGACUCGUGUCGUCAUGAAUCAGCAGUUUUUUUAUUUCGUAUUCUACUCUUUUUACCUGAAAAAGAGCAAAGAUGUUUAGAGGUCUUUUGUAGUAUGAAAGAAAAAAAAUCGGAACAGUCACUGCUGUAUUCGGAUAAAAGGGGUCACUGAAAUCAUAUGAUAAAUUAUUGUGUUGUUUUUCUUUCGUAUAAUUAUGUCAGAGAAAAUAAGUAACUUUUUUGUUACGUAUCAUCAAUGAAACCCAGUCGCGUAAUCGGUUCACUAAAUGAACGACACAAUGUUUUCGUUGUACACAACUUGAAAAUAAGUUUUUGGAGGAACGAUUAAACAAUACUACUUAAAGACGUUGUUACCGAUGUUGUUAAUUUGGACUUAGUGUAAACCUAUGAACGCAUAGUUUUCAAGCUGUAGGAGCACAAUGAUUGGUGUUCUUGGUGGCGGAAUCAGCGGACUUGCAGCUGCUCAUUAUCUCUUGAAAACAAAAGUUCAGCCAGUUACAGUUCUGGAAGCAUCACAUCGCAUUGGAGGCUGGAUACAAACAACAAAUUCUCCAACUGGAAAUAUAUACGAACAUGGGCCAAGGACAAUCAGAGUCCGAGGUCCUCUGGGAGAGAACACACUUCUCUUGGUAAAGGAACUGGGAUUGUCAAAUAAAGUGUUGCCAAUACCUAGUACACAUCCUGCUGCACGGAAUCGAAUGGUGUAUGUUGACAAGAAGCUACACCUGUUGCCAUCCAACCUUACUUCAGUAUUGCUUCCAAAACCACCUUUCACAAAACCAAUCAUUAGUGCUUUACUGAAGGAUAUCUCCACUGCCAAGAAGGAAGUCAGUGAUGAAAGCAUAUAUGAUUUUGUGGAAAGGAGAUUGGGUAAAGAACUAGCUGAAUAUGCUAUUAGUCCACUAAUUUGUGGUGUGUGUGCUGGUGAUGCAAAGAAGAUAAGUGCAAAGUUUCUGAUGAAAUCAUUGUUUGAGGCAGAACAGAAACAUGGUUCAAUUUUUAAAGGCAUGAUGAUGAAUAUGUUACAGAAUAGGAAGAAUAAAAUGCCUCCAAGUCAGGAUGAACUAUGUGAAAGAGCCAGGAAAGAGAGAUGGAAUGUUUGGUCUUUAGAAGGGGGCAUGGAGGAACUGCCCAAGGCAUUAGAGUCUAAUGUUAGGCAAAAAGGUUGUGAAAUAGUUCUUAAUGCUCCUUGUACAGAAAUGCAAAUACUGAAUGACAAGGAAGUGUUUGUGAAGGCUGGGUCAGUUGAACACAAAUUUAAUCAUGUAUUUUGUGCCUUGCCAGCAUACAAACUUGCUGAACUUGUUCACAGACAGCACCCUCAACUAAGCAGUGACUUGGCAGCUAUACCAUAUGUUUCUGUUGGACUUGUGAAUUUGCAGUAUGAUGGGAAAUGUUUGAAGCAAGAUGCCUUUGGAUUUCUGGUACCACCAUCACAGAAGCUCCCAAUAUUGGGAAUUGUUUUUGACAGUUGUUGUUUUGGUAAGAAUGAUAAAACUGUUCUCACUGUAAUGAUGGGAGGGGCAUGGUUUGAAGAACUAUUUGGAGAAAAUCCUAGUCCAGAUACUUUCUUAUCCACUGCAGUAAAAUAUACUACAGAUAUCCUUGGUAUUGUAGGGAAACCAGAAUCACACUCUGUUUCUAUCCUUCGGAACUGUAUACCCCAAUAUGUAUUAGGUCACCAUGAUAGAGUAGAUAGAAUUAGGAAGUACAUAAAACAGAAUAACUUACCAAUAUCAGUUGUUGGAGCACCUUAUGAUGGUGUUGGUGUGAAUGAUGUGAUAUUCUCAUCAAAACAAGCUGUUGUUAAUAUACACUGAAUUACAUUUCAACAGCCACAAGUUUAUUUGUUGCCUUUAUAAGAUUACUUGUGAAGAAUAUUUCAUUCAUGAUAUCAUGUUUCAGGAGAAGGUU